CCAUUGAGUCUACGAAUCACCGGUCAAGCAAACUAAAACCACCAAAAUAAUAAAAAAAACUGCUCUUUUCUUCUUACACUCCAUCAACUUUUCAAAUAAUACUUCGUUCAAACUCUUGAUUUUUAUUACUACAUCUUUCUCUCUCCUCUCUAAUAUCUCUAAUCCAUUUUCCGAUCUUAGGGUUUAAGCUUUACUCCCUUACUCAUUUUCUCUCACAUUUCACCAAUAUGAAGUGUUUCGAGCAAAAUUGAAGCUAAGAUUUCUCUAAUUCUUUUACCGAUUUUUCUUCAGAGGAGAUGUCUCGGGCUGAGGAGCUAUGGGAAAGGUUGGUUAAGGUAACUUUGAGAAAUGCGAGGGAUGGUGCGGCUGCUCAUGGAAGACACACUACUGGGAUUGCUGGCAAUGUGCCUUCUUCACUUGCUAAUAGUAGGGUUAUUGAUGAUAUACUCAGAAUUGCUGAUGAAGUUCAAGAUGAAGAUCCUAAUGUUGCUCGAAUACUUUGUGAAUAUGCAUACUCGGUGGCUCAGAAUCUUGACCCUAAUAGUGAGGGAAGAGGUGUCCUGCAGUUUAAGACUGGGUUGAUGUCUGUGAUCAAGCAAAAAUUAGCCAAAAGAGAGGCUGGAAACAUAGACAGAAGCCUAGAUAUUGCUCGUUUGCAGGAAUUCUACAGGAAAUAUAGACGAAUGAAUAAUGUGGAUCAGCUAUUGGAAGAUGAAAUGAAGCUUCGUGAAUCUGGAGCUUUUACCGGGAACCUAGAGCUGGAAAGAAAAACUAAGAAAAGGAAAAGGAUCUUUGCAACCCUCAAAGUACUGGGAGAAGUACUUGAACAGAUGACCCAGGAGGUUUCUCCUGAAGAAGCUGAAACAUUGAUUCCAGAGGAGCUUAAGCGCGUUAUGGAAUCGGAUGCAGCUAUGACCGAGGAUUUGAUUGCUUACAACAUUAUACCUUUGGAUACUACUAGCACAACUAACAGGAUUUCUACUUUCCCUGAGGUGAGAGCAGCUGUGUCUGCUUUGAAGGUCUUCAAAGGUCUAGAGGAAUUGCCAGCUGAAUUUGUAUCUCCUGUUAGGGGCCGUGAUAUGCUUGAUUUCCUGCAUUUUGUUUUCGGGUUUCAGAAAGACAAUGUCUCGAAUCAGCGAGAGCAUAUAAUUCAUCUGCUUGCAAAUGAACAAUCUCGUCUCCGAAUUCCUGAAGAAUUUGAGCCGAUAUUAGACGAGGCUGCUGUACAGAGGGUGUUUAUGAAAUCCCUAGAGAAUUAUAUCAAAUGGUGUAACUACUUGGUUCUUCUGCCAGUAUGGAGCAAUUUGGAGUCCCUUAGCAAGGAAAAGAAGCUGUUGUUUGUAUCGUUGUAUUACCUUAUAUGGGGAGAAGCCUCAAAUGUCAGAUUUCUUCCAGAGUGUUUAUGCUACAUAUUUCAUCAUAUGGCUAGAGAGGUGGAUGAGAUAUUGAGGCAGCAAGUUGUGAAGCAAGCUGAUAGUUGCAUGACUGAUGAUGGUGUCUCGUUCCUGGAAAAAGUCAUCUCCCCAUUAUAUGAUGUUAUUGCAGCGGAGGCAGCUAACAAUGACAAUGGACGGGCACCUCAUUCUAAGUGGAGGAACUAUGAUGACUUCAAUGAAUAUUUUUGGUCAAUGCAUUGCUUUGAGCUUAGCUGGCCUUGGCGUAAGAGCUCAUCAUUUUUUAUGAAGCCUGAGCGCAAGUCUAAAAAUUUGCUAAAGUCUGGUGGAGGUAAGCGGCAUGGAAAAACUUCUUUUGUUGAGCAUCGUACAUUCUUGCAUCUCUAUCAUAGCUUCCAUCGCCUCUGGAUUUUCCUUGUCAUGACUUUUCAGGCUCUGGCCAUUAUUGCUUUCAAUGAUGGGAAUAUUAAUUCAACAACCAUAAAACAAGUUCUGAGUCUUGGGCCAACUUUUGUUAUAAUGAAGUUAUUCGAGAGUGUUUUGGACAUUCUCAUGAUGUUUGGAGCUUAUUCAACAACGCGUCACAUUGCUGUUUCGAGAGUAUUUCUUCGCUUUGUUUGGUUUGCUUGUGCUUCAGCUGUCAUAACAUUUCUUUAUGUGAAGUCAAUUCAAGGGGUGGCAACUAUUUACAGAAUUUAUGUCAUUGUAAUUGGCAUAUAUGCUGGUGUCCAGUUCUUUAUUAGUUUCCUCAUGAGGAUACCAGCCUGCCACCAGCUUACUGAUCGAUGUCAUCGUUGGUCAUUGAUUCAAUUUACCAAAUGGUUGCGUCAGGAACGACACUAUGUUGGUCGUGGAAUGUAUGAGAGAACAUCUGAUUUUACAAAGUAUAUGUUCUUCUGGAUUAUUAUCUUGGCUGGAAAAUUGUCAUUUGGAUAUUUUGUCCAGAUUCGCCCUUUGGUUAAUCCCACGAGGAUAAUAGUCGACAUGAACAAUAUACGAUAUUCUUGGCAUGAUUUCGUAUCACAAAAUAACCACAAUGCUCUAACAGUCCUCAGCAUAUGGGCGCCUGUAUUUUGUAUAUAUCUAUUAGACAUCUAUGUGUUCUAUACCAUAGUAUCUGCUAUCUGGGGAUUUUUGCUGGGGGCAAGAGAUCGGCUUGGGGAGAUUCGAUCAUUGGAUGCUCUUCACCAAUUGUUUGAGCAGUUUCCUAGAGCAUUUAUGGACAAACUUUACUUUCUACCUUUUAAAAGGGUGCCAGAUUAUCCAACUGGUCAGGUUACUGAAACAAGCAAGGAAGAUGCUGCUCGAUUUUCACCCUUCUGGAACGAAAUUAUAAAGAAUCUGCGAGAAGAAGAUUACAUAACCAACUUGGAAAUGGAGUUGCUUCUCAUGCCUAAAAAUAGUGGAAAUCUGCCUUUGGUUCAGUGGCCUCUCUUCCUCCUUGCUAGCAAGAUAUUUCUAGCACGAGAUAUUGCUGCAGAAAGUAGAGAUUCUCAAGAGGAGCUUUGGGACAGAAUCUUUAGAGAUGAGUAUAUGAAGUAUGCUGUUAUAGAGUGCUAUCACUCCAUAAAGCUUAUUCUGAUGGAAAUCUUGGAGGAAGAUGGACGAAAAUGGGUAGAGAGGGUGUAUGAAGAUAUUGAAGAGUGUGUAGCAAAGAAGUCCAUUCAUGUCGACUUUGAACUAAAUAAGAUGUCUCUGGUUAUCCAGAAAGUCACGGCUCUUAUGGGAGUACUGAAAGGUUCAGGGACAGCCGAUCUUGAGAAGGGUGCUGUUAAAGCAAUUCAGGAUCUCUAUGACGUUAUACGUUACGAUGUCCUUGCAGUGAACAUGAGGGACCAUAUGCAGACAUGGAAUGCGCUGUCGAAAGCGCGAGCAGAAGGUAGUCUGUUCUCGAAGUUGAAGUGGCCUAAAGACCCUGAAUUGAAGGCUCAAAUCAAAAGAUUGUAUUCACUAUUGACAAUCAAAGAUUCUGCAUCAAACAUACCAAAGAAUCUUGAGGCCCGCAGAAGGCUCCAAUUUUUCACAAAUUCCUUGUUCAUGGAUAUGCCUCCAGUAAAGGCUGUGCGUGAGAUGAUGUCCUUUAGUGUAUUUACUCCGUAUUAUUCAGAGACAGUGCUUUAUCAUAUGGAUGAAUUGCGUAAGAAAAAUGAGGAUGGAAUAUCCAUUCUAUUUUACCUUCAGAAAAUAUAUCCAGAUGAAUGGAAGAAUUUUCUUGCUCGAAUUGGACGUGAUGAGAAUGCACAGGAAACAGACCUUUUCGACAGUCCUAAUGAUGUUGAGGAACUUCGUUUUUGGGCAUCCUAUCGUGGACAGACAUUAGCAAGAACUGUUCGUGGAAUGAUGUACUACCGAAAAGCCCUCAUGCUGCAGACCUACUUGGAGAAAAUUGCUUCUGGAGAUCUGGAAGCUCCAAUAUCAGGCAAUGACUCCCUUAAUGUCCAGGGCUUUGAGCUAUCACCUGAAGCACGUGCUCAGGCAGAUUUGAAGUUUACAUAUGUAGUUACAUGCCAAAUCUAUGGAAAGCAGAAAGAAGAGGGGAAGCCUGAGGCUGCGGAUAUUUCUUUGCUCAUGCAAAGAAACGAAGCUCUUCGAGUAGCUUUCAUUGAUGUUGUGGAAACUAUGAGGGAUGGGAAAGUGCAGACUGAGUACUACUCCAAACUUGUGAAGGCAGACAUCAACGGACAGGAUAAAGAAAUCUACUCUGUUAAGAUGCCAGGAAAUCCAAAACUUGGUGAAGGAAAGCCUGAAAAUCAAAAUCAUGCUGUUAUCUUUACUCGUGGACAAGCAAUACAGACUAUUGACAUGAAUCAGGAUAAUUAUUUCGAAGAGGCUUUAAAGAUGAGAAAUCUGCUUGAGGAAUUCAAUCAUGAUCAUGGGAUUCGUCCUCCAACAAUUCUCGGUGUCAGAGAACAUGUAUUUACUGGAAGUGUUUCUUCAUUGGCUUCAUUUAUGUCUAAUCAAGAAUCUUGCUUUGUAACUCUUGGACAGCGAGUUCUUGCUAAUCCACUGAAGGUUCGCAUGCAUUAUGGACAUCCAGAUGUUUUUGAUAGAGUUUUCCAUGUAACACGUGGUGGUAUAAGCAAGGCCUCUCGUGUUAUAAACAUUAGUGAAGACAUAUAUUCAGAUUUCACAACUGUCGGAUACUACUUCUGUACGAUGUUGACGGUGCUGACUGUAUAUAUAUUCCUCUACGGGAAGACAUAUCUGGCACUGUCAGGAGUUGGUCAGACGAUCCAAGAUCGCGCUCAUAUAUCACAGAAUACUGCGCUAAGUGCAGCACUUAAUACCCAGUUUCUUAUUCAGAUUGGAAUUUUUACUGCUAUCCCUAUGAUUCUGGGUUUUAUCUUGGAACAAGGGUUUUUUAGAGCCAUUGUGAGUUUUAUCACGAUGCAGUUUCAACUCUGUUCUGUCUUUUUCACAUUUUCUCUUGGAACGAGAUCACAUUACUUUGGUCGGACAAUUCUCCAUGGUGGUGCACGGUAUCAAGCGACAGGAAGGGGUUUUGUCGUCCGGCAUAUAAAGUUUAGCGAAAACUACAGGCUUUACUCUCGGAGUCAUUUUGUUAAAGGGCUGGAGGUUGUUCUUUUGUUGAUAGUAUUUCUUGCAUAUGGUUAUAAUGAUGGUGGUGCGAUAGGCUACAUUCUUCUCUCUAUUAGCAGCUGGAUGAUGGCUCUUUCCUGGCUUUUUGCUCCCUAUUUGUUCAAUCCAUCCGGUUUUGAGUGGCAAAAGACUGUUGAGGACUUUAGCGAUUGGACAAAUUGGCUUCUGUAUAGAGGUGGAAUUGGGGUUAAAGGCGAGGAAAGUUGGGAAGCUUGGUGGGAAGAGGAAUUGGGGCAUAUACGAACUUUUGGUGGGAGGGUUGCAGAGACAAUUUUAAGCCUCAGGUUCAUCAUCUUCCAGUAUGGCAUUGUAUAUAAGCUACAUGUACAAGGGACAAAUACAUCGUUUGCGAUUUAUGGCUUUUCAUGGGCAGCUCUGGCUGGCAUCAUUAUCCUUUUCAAGGUUUUCACUUUCAGCCAGAAGGCAUCGGUCAACUUUCAGCUGCUAUUGCGUUUUGUCCAAGGGAUUACAUUCUUGAUGGCCUUAGCUGGUAUAGCUGUGGCUGUUGUACUAACAGAUUUAUCCGUUCCUGACAUAUUUGCUUCUAUCUUAGCGUUUAUUCCUACUGGUUGGAUGAUUCUCUCGAUUGCAAUAGCUUGGAAACCGUAUGUCAAGAAGGUGGGGCUGUGGAAGUCCAUUCGGUCACUGGCACGUCUUUAUGAUGCUGGGAUGGGAAUGCUUGUAUUCAUUCCUAUCGCAUUUUUCUCAUGGUUUCCCUUUGUUUCAACAUUCCAAACGAGGCUGAUGUUCAACCAAGCGUUUAGUCGAGGGUUGGAAAUAUCUCUUAUCCUUGCCGGAAACAACCCUAACCAGGGACUAUAAUUUUCAGUCGUUGCACUUGUAUAUUGAGGGAUUCUUUCUGUUCACUUUUACAGUCUAGAUUAGGGUAAUGGCUUGUGUUUCCUACAUCCGCUUUAGGAGGUUGGGGCAUUUGAUCGAAGCCAGGUGUAUUUUUGUUAGAAAUGUAAAGUUUUCACUACAAUUGCCUGUAAAUUUGUUAUUCUGUGAUCUAAAGCUAGUUGCUUGAGGUAAUGAAAUUUUGAGUUUCUACA